AUGGCCUGGAAGAAUUUUAUAUUCUUGAUUCUUCAUUGUUGGGUUUUUCUGGGUUCAAGUUUGAGGGCGCAAUCUGAUAAUGGUUCAGAACUUGCUAUAAAGUUAUUGAGGACCCCUCCUGCAUUUUCCAAUAAAAAUUCAGCUGAAUUUUCUUUUAAAGUGUUUGUGGGUAGAAAUGGGGACAUCUGUGCUGAUUGUUCUACCAAUUGCAAGCUGGAUAAUAGCGUAUCUUCAACUUGUGAAGGUGGGAAAAUUUCUUACACUGUGUUGGUGGACGGGUAUCAUUCCUUUGAGGCGUGCGCCAAUGGCUCGACUGGAGUUGCCUGCGCUAGUUAUAACUGGACCAUUGACACAGUUCGCCCUACAGCAUAUUUAAACGCUGAAUCAACAUUUACAAAUGCUUCUCGGGUUUCUGUGAACAUAUCGUUCAGUGAACCCUGUGCUGGUGGAGGCGGUUUCACAUGUUCUUCCGUAAAUGCCUGCAAUCUUCUUGUUUAUGGUGCUGGUCAAGUUGUGCCAAAUACCCUCAAUGUCGUCCAGCCAAACCGUGAAUUUUCUGUUGUAGUGAGUUUAUCAUCUAACGUCCAGUAUGGACGUGCGAUAUUGGUAAUGGACAAAAAAUUCUGUACAGAUUCUGCUGGAAACAAAUUCACUAGGACAGAUAAUUCGAGUCUAUUCAUACAUUUUGAUAGAAGAAGUGUAUUUGCCAAUUUAAGGACUCAUGUUUCUGAAAGGUUGCUUCAAAUCGACAAACAAACUAGAACUGUGUUGGCAACUAAUAGAAAUAAGAAUCUAAAGCUCUACCUGUAUUUUACCGAACCUGUAGUCAACUCAUCAGCUGAAAUUAUGAACUCAAUCAGAACAAAUCAAGGUUCACUCAUUCCUAUUAAUGGGAGUAGCCUUGGCGAACGCAGAUUUGGUUAUCAGCUCAAAGAUUUACCAGAGAUGGCUGUUAUCACGGUGAGUUUGGAUUCGUACUUAGUACAAAGCAGACAGGGGACCCCCAUUUCUCCUGUACUUCCAGUCACUUUCCUCUACGAUUCGCAGAGGCCAGCUGUCAGGUUGAGCACAACAUCAAAUAUACGGACAAAAGAAAAGAGCAUUCCUAUAAUGAUUAAAUUCAUGAAGCCCGUAUUUGAAUUCAACUCUUCUCAUAUAUCCAUAUCCGGAGGAUAUUUGCUCAGCUUCGACCAAAUGAGUAGAACGCUCUAUGCUGUUCAUAUACGACCAGUUAAUAAAGUCGUAUCAGUCAGUGUGCCUGAAAAUAUAACUGCAGAUGUUUGUGGAAAUAGAAACAAAGCAUCUAAUUCUCUUCAAGUGAAACACUAUUCUGUACCUGUUGUGUCUUCAAUUCUUUCGUCCAUUGCAACUGCUGCUUUUGCUGUGACAUCUUUAGUGGCAGGGUUUCUAACAGUUUCAACUGCAAGCCAACUGUCCAUUGGAGCAUUUUCAAGACCAAAUUCAUUUUUGACAUCUGACCCCACGAGGAAUCUUUUUAGAAUUGCUUGCCACAUACAGAUUUUUGCACUGUCUAGAUGGUUGGCAGUACCCUUACCAGUCGAAUAUUAUGAACUUGCAAGAGGCUUACAAUGGAGUAUUCCCUACUUCAACCUCCCUUGGGAAACAGGAAAUGUCCAGCCAGUAAUGGUGGGAUCGACUUCCCCUUGGAGCAUGCGUCCAUAUAGAUCUGAAGUCCACAAAUCAAUAGGUUUGGAGGGCGUCCAACCAGAAGUCACAAAUGAUUCUGAUGCAAAAGCUUAUGGAUUGCCCCUCACUCCCAUGGAAUACAGAACAUAUUUUGAGAGCCAAAAUUUCAAGCCAGAAGCUGAGUACAUUUUGGAUCCACAGUACUCACAUGGGUGGAGGGAUUUUAGUAGAAGCAUGUUCUGGUUAGCAGUAAUUGGUGGCAGCUUGAUAUUAUUGCAUGCUUUAUUGCUUUUUAUUCUUAAAUCCCGAAAGAAGAACGAGAGAAAAUGGAGUUAUGGAGCAUUGAUAUUUCCAAGAUUUGAGAUCUUUCUUCUAAUACUUGCAUUGCCUUGCUUAUGUGAAGCCUCAACAGCUUUAGUUAAAGGAGGAUCGUCUUCUGGAUUAAUUGUCGGUGUUUUGCUGUUGGGUUUGGUAUCUUUUUUGCUGCUGGUGUUGUUCUUAUUCCUUUCUGUUGGAAUCACGUGUGGGAAGCUACUUCAAUACCAAGAAUUACACAAAGAAGGCCAAAAGUUUCACUGGUAUGGAGAGCUCAUUCGGGCGACCCUAGGUCCAGGUAAAAGAGGCCAAUGGACAUGGAAGAACCAGUCAAGUUCCAAGUAUUUAACCACAUUGGGUCCUCUAUUUGAGGAUCUGAGGGGUCCCCCGAAGUACAUGCUUUCUCAGAUCACUAUAGGCAAUCUAAAUAAACCAAGCAAUAGAAUCAUUGCCUCGGAUGAUGAAACAGAAGACGCGGAAGCACCUUUCAUUCAAAAGGUAUUUGGAAUUCUUAGAAUAUACUACACACUGCUCGAAUGUGUGAAACGUGUUGCACUGGGAGUUAUGGCCGGUGCCUAUUCAAAGAAGUGGUCGUAUAGAACCCCGACUAUCACCCUACUUUGCAUAACCUCGUUUCAACUCUUCUUCAUGGUUCUUAAGAAGCCUUUCAUAAAGAAAAAGGUCCAAUUGGUUGAGAUAAUUUCAGUCGCUAGUGAAGUUGCUAUUUUCACUUUCUGCAUAGUUCUCUUGGAGAAAGAUUUUUCGACUGAAGACGAGAGGAAAAUCGGGAUCUCACUGGUUUCGAUCUUCAUGUUCUCAUUUCUAGUCGAAAUGGUGAAUGAAUGGUAUGCAUUAUACAGACAGACAAAGCAACUGGAUCCUACAAACAGCUCUUUCUUGCAUGGUUUGGGAAUAGCUACACUUGGCUUCCUCUCAUUAUUCUGUCCUCAAAAUUUUAUCAAGAACAGUAGAUUGGAGGUAAAUAACCCGUGUGAAACAGUAGAAACUACUUCUUCGACAGACAGAAAUUUGACCUCAGGUAGUGGAAGCUCGGGAGAUAAGCCAUGGCUAAGGCAUAUAAGAGAACUAGCAAAGGCAAGCUUUAGCAAAGAAGGAAGCCAGGAUAAUCCGAAGGAUCCUUCCACGAGCAAGAACAAAUGGAGUGGAUUUUUGAAAAAGAGUGGAAGCCCGUCUGCUUCUACAUCAGCAGAUUUCAAGGCAAAACCGAAGGGAUUGUACAGAGAGUUGGAAGCCAUUUUUGCAUCAAAGUAA